AUGAGCAAUAGUAUAAUGCAAUAUUUGACUCCCCCUAACCGAACCGCUCACCACUUUUACUUUUCAGUGUCCAGGAUAGCCAUUGUGAAGGAAGAAAAGGCCAGGCGAAUCGAGGACAUAAUCAUAAGGAAUAGCCAAAUGGGUCUGCUACACAGAAAAAUCGAUGACGAGCAGCUAAUUAAAAUUAUCGAGCAAGUGAGUGAAAAAAUUUACAAAAAGGAACCAGUGAUAGAAAUAAGACGAAGGAAACAGUUCGAUGACGAUGAUGACUUCAACGAAGAGGACUACACGUGA